AUGUUACUCAAAUUGCCUAACUAUUCUACAACAUAUAUAAAUUAUCAUCCAUUAAUUAUACAACUUUUUAAAUAACACAAUACAAUAUAUUUUAUUUAUUAUUAUCAAUAAUGUCCGUAGUGGAACUUCCAGAUACUCUAUUCACAUAAAUCUCGUACCAGAUCUAAAAGAAGCAAUCUCGAUCAAUAUCGUAGUUUAGCCGUCAAGAAAUCUGUUGACAAAAUGAUCAAAUAUAAUAGUAUGUCUUCUGUUCUGGGAUAAGAUAAUGAUUACUACCCCAAACAAUUGGAAGACCAAAAAAAAAUCGAUGAAGCUCAAGAAGUUCAUGCCAAUUUGACGGAACUCAAGAAAAGUUGUGAUAAUAUGAAAAUGUCUGGGAACACCAAAGACAAGGAUAUUGACAAGAUGAGGAAGGACAUUGAUCAAAUGAGCUAUUAAAUCGAAUAAUAUAAUCUGAAAUAAAAGGAUCUAACAAAACAGGAAAAUGAAUACUCAUAAAAAUUAUAAGAAUAAUAAAAAUUAUUAAGCCAAAGCAAUUAUGAUAAAAAGAUUUUCGAACACAUGUUAACAAGAAUGAAAAAAGAUUAAGUUACUUAUUAACUAAGAGCAAACCAAUAUGAAAGACACCUUAAAUAGGCAUUGUCCACCUGCUAAUCAACAAGUUUAAAGGCUUAGUAAAUUCAAGUUUUGCAUUAAAAAACAAUGUUGGCUUUGAAAGAGGUGGCUGAUGGAAUCAAACAAUAAAAUAAAAAUAGGGAAACUAAUAUUAAUAGAUUCAAAAAUGAGUUAAAAUAGAAAUAGGAUGUUGAAUAAAAAAGAGAUGACAGAAUUAAAAGGCAAUAAGAGAUUGCAGAAGUAGCUGCAAAUGACAUUAGAGAUGGGGCAUUGAAAAAAUGGAGAAAACUAUUAUUAGUUCACAAAUUCUUAAAUUCUUUCUUAAAAAACAAAAUGCAAAUGGGCAUAAAUCAAUAUCAAAAUUUAGAAAUUGCCUAUUAAAAAAUCAAAGCAUCUACAGGCAUUUCAGAUGCUAAUGAAAUAGUUUAGAAGUUUAUUGGUAGAGAGCAAACUUAUGCCCAUUUACUCAUAUCAAUUUCGGAUUAUGAGAAGAAAAUUAAUAACUUAAAGCAAGAAAACCUAGAAUUAAGAAACCAUUUUAAUCAGUUGAAAUAAGAUUACAGUGAUAUGGAUAAGGAAUUCUUGGUAGAAAAUAAUAAAUAAAGAAAUGAACAAACAGAUUAAGAUAAAAUGGUUAUAGAAGUAGAAGAGAAAGCAACAAUAUCCGGUUUACUAUAAAAUAAAUUGAAGAAUUGGAUUACAAAAAACCUGAAGAAAUUGUCAUAAUCUAAAGAUAAAGGAUUUUAAGGGAUAAUUGAUGCCAUUAGAGAAAAAUUGCUUAACCUGUCUUAAUUGUAACAAUAAGAAUUGUUGAAUAAAUCUAUGAAGAGUUCUGUUUUAGAGUUGAAUGACUAGGAAUUUUUAAAAAGGAACUUCAGGAUCAAACCAAAAAAAUAAAACUCUCAUCUCCAUUCAAAUAAUUCUUAGGAUUAUUCUAUUUUACGAGAUGAAGAUGAAAUCUUUAAUGAAUUGCCCAGUAAAGAUGAAGAAUAAGAAGAUUAAGAAGAAGAUCAUUUAAUGAAUCAAUUAAGAGAAGAAAUAAAAGGGAAAAUGUUGAAGAAGUGA